UCACAUCUGGGCCACAAGGGAACUCUGUGAAGACAUGAAAUCUCUCAUAGCAUUCACUCUGCUGUCCCUGGUGCUCAACAAAGCACAUUGCCAGCUCAACGAAGGCACCUGUAAGCACUUUGCAGAAAUCCUGCCUCUAAAACUCAGAGACCUGAGAGUUGCAUUCAAUGAGAUUAAAGAUUAUUUUCAAUCCAGAGAUGAUGAACUAGACAUCAUGCUGUUAAAUGAAGAUUUAUUGCAAGAGUUCAAGGAGUACUUGGGCUGCCAGUCAGUGGCAGAAAUGAUCCAGUUUUACCUGGAAGAGGUUUUAUUGAAAGCAGGCAAUGCAAGCAGAAGCAUCAAGCAGCAAGUGGACUGUAUAGGAAACAUGCUUCUGCAUCUGAGACAGACACUGAAGCGCUGUCACAGGUUCUUAAUAUGUGAAAAGAAGAGCAAAACAAUAAAAAACAUCAAAGAAACUUAUGAAAAGCUCCAGGAAAAAGGCAUCUACAAAGCUAUGGGAGAAUUUGACAUCUUCAUUAACUAUAUUGAAGAAUAUCUGAUACUGAAGACAAGAAAGUAAACCUAUGUAUUUUCCCAACAGGAAAACUGCCAUGUUUGAAAUACUGUAGAUUCUAAACUGAUUUAUAUGGAAAACAGUGUUAACUGCUUUACAAAAAGCUUUUUUGGCAAAUCAUUAACAAUGAAAAAUACUAUAUUUUUUUAACAGAUUUAAAUAUUUAUUACUUCAGAUACCUCAAUUUUUGUUGAUGCUUAAACUCAUGCCAUUUUCGGUAGAAUGCCUGUUACGUAAACUAUUUAUUUGUUGAUAUAUCAAUACUGUGCCUGCUUCUCCUUUUAUUUUCUUAUCUAAGAAAUUAUCAGGAUUGCAUUGUUCCAAAUAAAUCUCUAUAGGAAGUAAACAAUUUCUGGGGUAA